CUAAAUUGUUAUAAACAUACAUCGACCAUAGCCAAAUCGCCAGAAAGAUGGAGAGAGAAAAUUUACGCCUACCCAUUCUUUCUUUCGAACGACUGACUUCAGUACAUAACGCAAUAUGUCCUUUGUCUCUUCUAACUCUCCCUCACCCCCUUUUUCUUAAACAUGGUAGAAACACAAACUCUUGUUGCUUUUCAUGCGGUUCACGAAAACCUUUUUUCAGGGGCUGUUUGAUCUAUUACUACUGCACCACCUGCGAUGUGGAGUUCCACUGUGGUUGUCACGAGUUUCCGAGAAAGCUAAGACAUCCUUAUCACCCACAACACCCUCUUACUUUCACCUUUCGGAACUAUGAAAAUGGGAUCAUCUCCGACGGUAAUAUUGAUGAAGAUUUUUGCCGUGAAAACUUGUCUGAUUCCAGAACAUCCGAUCCCAAGAAGCUUCUUAGUGUGCCUCAAUCCAAUCUAGUAGUGGAUAAGUGCACAUGGUGUGCAAAAGAUAUAGAAGGAAAUUGGUUCUAUCGAUGUUCGAUAUGUAACUUUUCCUUGGAUCUCUCUUGCUUCAGAAAUUUUCCACUUCAAACUGUGGAAAACCCAAAGAAUCAUCAUCAUUCACUGGUCUUCUACCCUCGACCACUGUUAACACCAUGUGAUGGUUGUGGAUUGGUUGAUGUGUUGGAGCCGAGCUAUGCUUGUUUCCAGUGUAAUUACAUGGUUCAUCAAAGUUGCAUCGACUUACCAAGAGUCAUCAAGAUCACGCGUCACCAGCAUCGUCUAUUCCAGACUCCUUACAUUGCAGCCGUGACUUCACCAUGUCGGAUUUGUUACAAGACUAUUGACAUCAAGUAUGGCCAAUAUUCUUGCAAACAUGAAGAUUGCUCUUACUUCGCUCAUUCAACAUGUGCGACGCAUAAGAACGUGUGGGACGGGAAAGAACUCGAAUGGGAGCCCGAGAAAUCCGACGAGAGCGGAGAUAUUAUGCCAUUCAAAAAGGUUGGUGCUAAUCUGAUAAAACAUUUCUCUCAUGAACAUCUUCUAAAGCUAGAGAAGUAUGAUGUUGCUAGAGACGGAGAUAAGCAAUGUCACGCGUGUGUUCUUCCUAUUAACCCGCAUGAUUUCUACAACUGCGUGCAAUGUGACUUUUUUCUCCACGAGGUAUGUGCUGGUCUUCUUCGAAAAAUUGACCAUGCAUUGCACGUACACCCUCUAGUGCUAGACCCAUCUCCAUACAAUUGUAAAGAAAAUUAUGAAAAUAUUGGUUGCUCAGUUUGCUCCAGAAAGUUUUGCGGUUUCAAGUACAAAUGCUCGGAAAUGAUAUGCGUGGCUCAAGAAAGAUUUCAAAUCGAUGUGCGUUGUACUUUGGUUCCAGAUUAUUUCACCCAUGGAAGUCACGAGCAUCCUCUAUUCAUCUCCACGUCCUACAAAGGUAAAAACAAGAUUUGUUGUGAGGGUUGUAUGGGGAUAUGCAUGCAGUCAUACCUACAGUGUAGCUUAUGCAAAUUUGCUUUGUGUUAUCAAUGCGUUACAAUUCCAAAUGAAAUAUGCUACAAGUACGACAAGCAUCCCCUCUCUCUUUGCUACGGAGAAGAAGUACGGGAUGGUAUGCCUUAUUGGUGUGAAGUCUGUGAGAAAAAAGUAAACCCAAAGGAUUGGUUCUACGCAUGCAACGAAUAUUGUUGUAUCACUGUCCAUGUUCAAUGCGUGUUUGGACGUUCCGUCUAUUUGAGGCCUGGUUUCAUAUUCGACUAUGACCCAUACAGACCGAUGCUAUCCCCGGUGAAAGUUUUCAGCAACAGUAAUGGCGCUAGACCGUUUUGUGAUGAAUGUGGUCAACGCUGUCCAAGUUCCAUCUACUACAGAAGCGGCGAAAGAUAUACAAAAGUUUGGUGUUCGUUGAAUUGUUUAGAGACACCAGAAGAAGAACCUUCUGACCGUUAUUUACCUUCUCCAAGGACGAUAUCCAACAUCGCUUCAGAACUCAUGCUAACUAAAUUUCUCAUGUGAUCAUUAUUCCUCAUUUGCAUUUUGUGUGUGU